AUGAGGGAAUACAGGCUGAAGGCAGUCAUUCCAACAGAGUCGGAAGCAAGAGGGCUCCAUUACGACGGCGACGUGUACUUCUCAUCAAAUAACCACCUGUUCAGGGUUUCCGGUAGGAAAUAUACCAAGAUCUGCGAUGUUGGAGGAACCAUUACCGGCUUCAGUAUAUCCGAAAAAUUCUUUGUAGUUACCGAAGAAAGGAUGUACAUGAGCAAUGAAAACAGGAUGGUAGGAUCUCUCAAACGAGGAUUUUCUUGUAUAGAUACCAGCAAGAAUCUGAUAGUGGCUGGGUGCUCGAACAUGCUCGAGGUAUGGCACAUCCCCAAGGAGUUCAAGCUCCCUCUUUUCAAACAGCAUUCGAGGAAUCUUGGGCAUUUUCUGGAUAUCAUAAGCGUCAAGUUUAUAGAUGACAGCCGGGUAAUAACAACAAGUAGAGAUUGCACGGUCCGGCUGUUUGAUAUUUCUGGCAAUCGGUCUACACGAAUAUGCAACACGAUGAGCACUCCGGUAGCGGCAUAUGUCCUUGGAGCAGAGAAUAAUGAGCUGGUUGUUGUCGGCGAGGACGGCUCUAUACUGUACUUUACGAUAGACGGAGAGAAUGUUACCUAUAAGGGGAUUAUAUAUCUCAACUCAAAGGUGCUAGCCUCCAGCUGCCACUUAGGCCUUGUGGCUAUUGCCACAGACAAGGAGUCUGAGGAGAACCUAUUUAUUUAUAGCGGGCAGGAAGUGGUUCAUUGUGCAUCAGUGGGACACAAGAUCCUGGACAUGUCCUUAUCUGGGGAUUCCAUUGCAGUGAAAGGGCCUAGGUUCAUCGGUAUAUACAACCUGGUUCUUAACUUGUUUGUGUUUGAGCUGGAUCUUCCCCGGAUAGCAUCAAUGGAUGUAAAAAAGGACGUGAUAGCUGCAGGGUGCUCUGACAAGAAGGUAAGGAUAUAUGAUGAGCAGAGAUGCAUCCACACCUUUUCGGAUCCAAAUGCCACGCAUGCCGUGUUCAGUGUACACAUCCUCCAGAACUCUGUCCUGUGUCUCUGCUUGGAUGGAAGAGUGUCUAUUUGGGACAUGAAAAAUGGAGUUUGUUACAGGUCAUUCCAGAUUCCUGCAAGGAUAUCUGCCUCUGAAGUUAGUGAUGACAAUCUUCUGCUAUUUAUUGCUGACUUCAACCACUAUGCCAUAAAAGUGGUAGAUCUUCAGAGGGGAAAGGAGAUUGAUGUGCUGAAAGGGCACGAGGGACCUGUAUUUAGAAUGAAAUGGGAUGGAGAUUCCUUGUACACAUUGUCCUAUGACAACACAGUUAGGAGAUGGAAUGUGUAUUCCCAGACGGUUGAAGAGCUACAGAUCAGAAAAAUGGCCACAGGAUUUUCGGUGAGGAACCGCAGGCUUUGUGUUGCUACGGUGGAUGAGCUGGCCAUUUACGACUCGAACCUAAACUAUGAAAGAGGAAUCAAAGCGUCUUUAAAGGCUAGGAAAAGAAACGAAGUUUUCAUCAGCGAAAAGCCUAUAGAAAGCCUCGACCUCACGUUCGACAAUAAGUUCAUCAUCUCUGGAGGAGAGGCAAACUCCAUAAAGAUAAUAUCGGCAGAUACAGGUGAUGUCGUUCAGGUGCUUCGCGUUUCAGAUAACAGGGAGUGGGAAAACUAUAAGGAAGCCCUUGGAAAAGAGUCCUCUAAGCCCUUUGACAAGGCAAGAGUCAUUGAAGUUCUGAAAAUAAUGCACAGCAGCAACCAGAGAGCAUUUUAUAUUCUCACUAGAGAAGGCAUAAGCAUCUACGAGCCCUCGUUUAUCAAGUUUAUUCCGAUUCGUUUGGACGUGUCCCUAACACCGGAAUCCAUAAGAGGAUAUCUGAGUGGACAGGAGUAUUUGAAGGCUGCAAUAGGGUCCUUAAGGAUUAACAAAUAUGAGGUCAUAAAAGAAGUCGUGCUUUCCUGCCCAGCCGAUAGAAUCGAGGGGGUUGUCAAACAUCUAGACACAGCCUUGGUUGAUAGUCUAAGGCCAGCAAUAUCAAGAAUGCUUGACAAUUCCAUGCAUCACCUGACAGCAAUCAGAUGGCUGAGGUUCAUUGUCUUCUACUUCGGGUCGUCGAGAGCACAAGGGACCGAGCUCUACAAGCUCAAGAAAAGUAUCGACCUGACACUAAGGAUGGGAAAACUAAACAAGUCAAUGCUACUCAGCAUCGUCAGAAAAUGA